GGUUUUAUCUCUCUCGGCCACAUUGCAGUAGUGUUCCGCUCUCCAUACUAAAUAGGAAACUGGACGUGAUGUGGAAUUAGAGCCUACCCAGCUGAAGCCACCCAACACUUACUACAAAUAUAGCCGCGAUGCGUAGGCCACAAAAUGGCUCCACUCACUUUUCCCAAUGAAAAGCAAAUGGAUUUAGCAGUUUUAUCCCGAUGCGGGUGUCCUUCCUCUCUGUAAAGUCGUAAGUACCUUGAGGUGGGAGGAGUAAAUUCAGCCUGACACUGAGAGCGCUUUUGUUGAAACAGGAGAGACUUGCGGUGUCCCUACUUAAAUAUGACACAUGACGAUGGACAGGCCGCCCGCCCCGCCGCCCCCCAGUGACCCCCGCGAUGCCCGCCCCGCCCGGCGGCACGACUCGGAAACGGAGACCACGAGCGAGCCGGAGAGCAGCCGCGGGGGCAUGGAGGCGCCGGCAGACCCCCAGCUGCUGCUCAACGGGGCGGCCAAGGAGGCGGGCCGGCCCUCCCCCGGGCCCCCCGCCGCCCCUGUGCCCGUCAUCGAGCUGGUGCGCCGGGGGGGCUCCCUGGACAUAAAAAGCCGUGAGGCGGCGGGGGAGGCGAUGCAGAGAGCGCCGGGAGCCGAGCCGUGCCGCGCCGCCGAGGCCGCCUGCGAGGCCCGCAUGGUGCAGCUGAGCCCCCCCGCACUCCCGCUGCAGCCCCCCGGCAGGGCCAUGCUCUACAACCUGGGCCAGCCGCUGGCCACCAUCAACAGCGGGUUUUUCGGCGAACCGGACUCCUUCUCCAUGUACGGCAGCAACCGGGUGAAGCGGAGACCCUCUCCGUACGAGAUGGAGAUCACCGACGGUCCUCACACGAAAGUGGUCCGUCGCAUUUUCACCAACAGCCGGGAGAGGUGGAGGCAGCAGAACGUCAACGGGGCCUUUGCAGAGCUGCGCAAGCUCAUCCCCACACACCCGCCCGACAAAAAACUCAGCAAGAACGAGAUCCUGCGCCUGGCUAUGAAAUACAUCAACUUCCUGGCCAAGCUGCUCAACGACCAGGAGGAAGAAGGAAACCAAAGGGGCAAAGUGAACAAAGACUCGGGGAUAGUCCAGGAAGACCUCCUGCAGGACAUGUUGUCUCCCAACUCCAGCUGUGGAAGCUCUUUGGACGGAGCGGCGAGCCCGGACAGCUUCACGGAAGAGCACGAGGCGCUGGAUUCGAAGCACACGCGGAGCCUGCACCACGCCAUGCUGCCCGUAGAAGGCACGGCACAGCGGUGAUGACCCUCACACUGCCCCCGAGGCGCCACGGGGCAGAGGCCAGGCUGGCUGUGCCGCUGCUGGAACUUGUGGGGUUUGUGACUCUGCCUUGCCCACCCUCCCCAGCCCCGCUGGCUGAGGACAAGACCAGCCCAGAUGGACGUUCGGGGUUUAGGUACGUGACCGUACAAAGAAGAAGAGCGCUGAAGUCAUCUUCGUUGUACAGAACUGCUCGGGAUGGGACUCUGAGGAGGGGAAGGAGACGUGGCUGGCGCCUCUCCAGCGUUUAGAGGGUUUUCAGACCACUUGGUGACCGUCUCUUUUCAAACAGUCAUCUGGGUGAGGCAUGGAACUCCUCUUUCACUGCCCACGGAGGCCACCGGCGCUUUCCAGCUCCACGUGUUGCUGGAAGCUGCUGCAUCACACCAGUGCUGCAGCACUUCUCCAGCCUGUGGCACAUCCAGCUGGUCUGAGCAGGAGCUUGGCCACACAUUCCUGUUGUCUGAGAGCUUUUGACUGUAUCUUCUUAAAGAGGUGAAAAAAUACCCUCAGCAAAAGAACUAUUAAAAGGAUUUAGACUAUUUCUUUUUUCUCUUCUUCUUUCUUUUUUUCUUUCUUUUUUUUUUUUCCCUUCCCUUUCUUCCUUUCUCUUCUAUCUAAUUUUGGAUUGUUUGGGCUUUUUGUAUUUAUGACAUGGGAUUACUUCUGUUUAACACUGUCAUGCAGUAUCCACUGAAUGAAAAGGUACAUAGGUGUUUUCUACCACCCUCCCAGUCCCUGAUCCUUCUGCUGGUAACACUCAGCAGGCGAAUUUCAAACCUGCUGUGAUCGCCUAGAGUUUUUCCAGUGAUUUCUGUGGGGCCAGAGCUUCUCUCAAGAAAGAUGAAUUUCAGAGUUGAUAAGGGAAGAAAAUAUUUGCUAGUGAAGUAUCUCUUUGGACUGGGGGAUUUUUAAAUUCAAAAAAUCAAAAAAAAAAAGGGCAAAAGGAGUCAAUGAUGUAUCAACAGUGUGCGUGUACAUAGGGUUAUAAAAAGGUUUUUUGAUGGUA